AAUAAAUGAGCCUGCAACAUAUUAAACUUAAACCACUUGCAGUUUGAAAAGCAAAACCAGAAUUUGUUUUAAUAAAAAAAAAUCAUCAAACGGGAACAAAGCCUAUAGGGAGGACAGACACUAUACGCUCAUCUCUGAUCACCUGCAAGCAGAAUAUGAUUGGAGAGAUGAAAAAGGAGAUUACAUUAGAAUACAUAACUACUACUAGUAUGAGUAUGAGUAUGUUAUGCUUGUUUUUUUUGUUAUAACCUGUAAUAACUGUGGGCGGACAAAAUACACUACAGCACUGAUAUUAUCGUGAGGCUGUGAGCAGACAAUGUCAGUGCAUCGGGGAAAAUAGAGACCAUGAAUGUAAAAAAACAAAGUCGCUUGUCAGAUAUUCCUAACAAGCAACCAUAUUUUUUAAAACAAGCCCAAAAAAGCACAACCCGGGACCAAUGAUUUUUUCAAGCGACUUCAGACAAAAAGAAGCCCAAAGUCACAUAUUAUAAAUGGACUUAGCAAUGCUGAUAAGUGUACCGCAAACCAUCAGAUUAAUCCGCGCAGAGGAGCAGUGCCGAAGCACAAGCCACAUAAAUUUUUUUUUUUUUAAACUCCUCAAGUAACUGUAUGUUUCAAACAGAGACGGCGAUAGAGAGGCAAAGGUUUAGUACUGCAGCUUUAAAUGUCAGAGUGCAGAAAUACUCAUGAGGUCAUGUUACAAUGUGUGAAGCAGCUGCAGCUCCUGUCCUCAGUUGAGUUAAUUAAGUAUUCCCAAGGGUGGGGUGGUAUUUCUGCAACCAAAUUAACCACUCAAGCAUACACACAUAAAAAAAAAAUCAGUUUGUAAUACUGUUCCACCCUCAAUCUAAAUAUUUAAAAGGAUAAUUACACACAUAAUAUAAUACAAAUAAAAUGCACUUGCAUAUGUGUUGAGGCAUUCUAAACUAUCGGGGGCUUUCCAUUCUGCUUCCCUGUUCUGCUGAUCCCCAAAAUGCCCCGUGUCCUCUUACAGCUGUACUUAUUUAUAUCUGUGAGAUGUGUGAGUGGGGGUAUGAGUCAGGCUGGUGGUUCUCUGGCAGGACAGAGCUUGGUCUUUGCAUCAGUCAGUCUUUCUCUCAGGCUGGCAAAUCUCUUGCCUACCUAGAUAAAUGUGUGGUUGAGGACUUAUCCUCUCUAAACCAUCAGUGGUUGUUUUGAGUGUUUGUAAGAGUUUGUUGGAAAUGGAGAAAAGUAGAGACAUGGUGCUGGGCAUUGAGGAUGAGUCUGGUCAGCCGGUGUCUGCACUAUCCAUCCUGUCUCUUCUGGAACGUGUCUCCACUAUCAUUGAUGGUGUGCAGGCCAGCCAGCAACGAAUGGAAGAACGCCAACAUCAGCUUGAAGCAUCUGUUGCUACAGUCCAAUCAGAGUUGCUAAAACUGGUCCAGAACCAUGGUGCCACAGCAACCACUGUGGACAAGCUGCUGCAGAAGGCCCGGCGUGUGAGUGCUCAUGUGAAGGAGGUGCGUUCACGUGUGGAGAAGCAGAAUGUCCGUGUAAAGAAAGUGGAGACUACUCAAGAUGAACUUCUCACCAGGAACAAGUUCAGAGUGGUCAUCUACCAGGGCGAGGCUGAAGUUCCAUCUGUUGCUGUGACAAAAACCCCUAAGGAUGCAGGGUUAGCCAAUUUUGAAGUGGCGUCUGACGAGUAUGAAAUCCCUGCAGACCUCUCAUCUGAUGAGGAGUAUAUGGUGGUGGAAGAGGCAGAGUCAUCAAGGGCAGCACGACUGAGGCAGACAGGCUUGAAAGGCAUAGACAACAUCAGAGCGGCUUUCUCCAAGAAGAACAUGAAUAAGACCCGUGAUCGAACACGGGAGAACUUCAGCAAGACUAAGGAGAGCCUAAGCAAGACAGGCCAGACUUUGGGCACCAAGAUCAACACCCUGGGUGAGAAGAUCAUUCCUAUUGAGCAGCGGGAGAAGAUGCGUCAGAGUGGCGAGAGGCUGAAGGAGAACAUUGCCAAGAAAGCUCCCAGCAAAGAAUCCUUCCGCGUCAAACUCAAGAAGGAACGCGCUAUUGCUGAGGGUCAGGAGGGUGCUGAGGCAGAGCCUGCUUUGACUACACCAAAAGGCAGGAAGACCAGCCUAGAAGUCACCUACACAGAGGUUGUUACAGAAAUCAAACGGGAAGGGCCUGUAUCUGAAGAACAAGCCACCUGUAUACCAGAGGAAAGAAAGAGUGGGUUGGCCAUAGAAACACCAGAGAAGUGAAGAAAAUGGUGGAGAUAGAUAGACAAGAAUGGGAGAGAGAAAAAACAUAGUGCUAAAGAAAAAGCAAAAGAAAUCUUAUUAGAAAUAAUAAAUAAUAGAACACAGUGUGCAUAUAUGUGUGUGGAUAUAAAAUCCAAAUUUAAAACAAGUCAUGACAAAGGCCUCCGAGUCUAAUUACCAGGAUGACAAAGCUACUAGUGAGUAAUAAGGACUAGGUAGCAUUAAGAAAUGAUUAACUAUAAAGAAAUUAAGUGUCAUAUCAGUACAGCUGUCUGUGUGUCAAUUCCAUGUUUAAAAUAACUGGAUAACUUUGGAAAACUGGAAAACUGAGCAACUACACAGCUUAUUGUUUAAUAACACACAUAGGUAGUAUGUGCUUGUGAAUUAGAUUUACUGGAGUAGAAAAAGCAAAAAUUAGUCUUUAGAAGACCAAGAUAUUUUUAAAAACCAUUCUUAAUUGGGAACAGAUUAUAAACUGUGUGUGUGUGUGUGUGUGUGUGUGUGUCUCAUAGAGUGCAUGUACAUUUGGAGUAAUAUUCUAAAUGCAUACUAAAAAAAAGAUGGCUUGAAAUAAAUGAACAGCUGAGCAUUCCA